AUGCUCGCCCGACCCAUCACUGCGGCACUGGCCUGCCGUCGGUGCCAAUCCGCCAUCCUCCGGGCAGUUGUUUCGAGGCCAGCUUCCAGUGGCCUUCGCAGCUUGCCACUGCGACAGACCAGCAAGCUACCAAUCCUGACGCAAAGAUUCUACUCUCAAGAGCGAGACACGGAGACGACCGAAAAGAGGAACUCCGAACUUGCGAUUGAAGCUGAACUCGCCAUUGAGUCCGAAGAUGCCCCUGAGACCGCUGGACCUACCCAACCCAAUGCGCCUUGGUUCCUCGACAUUGAUCCUCCUCGACACCCUCCGAGCCAACAUGAAGUCGACCUCCCCAGGAUUCCCGAUGACGCCCCCGCCGUCAUUGAACCAAUGAUGAAAUAUAUUUUUGAGGAUAUGGGCUUGGACGACAUUUCCCUUCUCGACUUGCGCAGCCUCGACCCUCCCGCUGCUCUCGGUCCCAACCUGAUUAUGCUUUUCGGAACCACCCGCAGUGAGAGGCAUCUCCACAUCUCUUCUGGAAGAUUUAUUCGAUGGCUUCGGCGGAACCACAAGAUUGAUGCUCGAGCUGAUGGACUCAUCGGCCCCGGCGAGCUCAGGACCAAGCUGCGCCGACUCCGAAAGAAGGCCAAGCUGAUGGGUACCAACACCGCCAUCAUCCCGGGUGGCGACAACGGUAUCUCGACGGGUUGGGUUUGCGUCAACUUCUCCACCAACAGCGGAGACUCCAAUGAGGUGGAGAGUUUCGACGAGAGCGGACGAUUCUCCGGCUUUGGUGCAUCCCCGACAGGCACCACGGUUGUGAUCCAGUGCAUGACGGAGGCCCGACGAAACGAGCUGAACUUGGAAGGACUGUGGCAGGGUAUCUUGAAGAGAAGCUUGAUGAAUGCCACCAAGGUCCGGGGUGAGAAGGCGAUUGAGAAGUCAGAGUUGGAUGCCCUGGUGGCUUCCAAGGUGCAAAUUCCCAAGGUUGAAACUCCUCCCAUCAAGCCAUCUGAAUUGCAAUGGGAGGCCAUGAAGCACGCGUCCCAGCAACAUCGAUACUACUCUACGAGUGCACGACGGUUGUCGCCUUCGACUGAAAAGCGACAGGCAGCCGAAGUGCCCCAACCGCCCAGCAAAGACGUCGCACAAGACUCACAAAUUGGUCCUGACCUGGAGCAAGUAUGCAAGCUGGUGACCGAUAUCCAAUUGAUUGGGAUUCCCAUCACUGAGGAUAUGCUUCACAACGUGGUUCGGGAUAUCUUCAAGUCGCCGUCCACUGCCGAGGAUGCCACAGAGCAGCGGCUCGCCCUCGUCGAUCAGCUUCUUCUGACGGCUGAAGAGCGCGGCAUGAACAUUUGGAACAACGAGAUGUUUCUCACGCUUGUCGAAUCAGCUCUUGGCUCGCCCUCGUACGGCCCCAAGCUUCAGCGAUCUCAAAAGAACCUUGAGUUUCUCAUGGCACAGAAGGGAUCUCGGUUCAACCACGAUCAGAUCCUGCGCCUGAUGACGGCGUACGCCUCACGGGAAGACUGGCCAAGGUUCUGGGACGCCUUCCGCAUGCCCCCUAGAUUCCAGGCAGCCCGGGAUCCUAGGCACUACGAACUCGCAUACCGCACCAUGGCGCAAACGGGCAGCCAAAAAAUGUGCAUCGAGGCUCUGCGCUGGGUGUACCCCGAAAUGAUGAGCGAAAACCCCCUGGUGUAUCCCGUUGGCAAAAUCUACGACUCCCUCAAAGCCUGCAUCUUGGUCGCAGACCCGGCCGCGGAGAGCUUGCUGCUCCACGGCUCGCCCGAAGAAUCUCCCGGGCUUCUCCAGGAGCGUCGACUGCAGAACCGCGAGUUCCUCAAGGUCCUGCGCGAGGUGGAAAUGGUGCGGGCGCAGAUCACUGCAAUGGGCACCAGGGUCGAGGGUGGCGGGCCGCUGGCCGUGUAA